CUAUUUUCAUCAUCAUCAACUACAUUUCUCGUUCUUGGUGCAGAUACACAUUUUGAAAACCAUAAUUCGUUAGCCAAUCUUAAAAAUGGUGACCGUAGAGGAAAUACGAAAUGCGCAAAGAGCUGAAGGGCCUGCCAAUGUCUUAGCUAUUGGAACUGCAACUCCAGCCAAUUGUGUUUUGCAAGCUGACUACCCUGAUUACUACUUUAGAAUUACCAAGAGCGAACAUAUGACUGAACUCAAAGAGAAAUUCAAGCGAAUGUGCGAGAAAUCUCAGAUAAGGAAACGUUACAUGCAUAUCACUGAAGAAAUUCUGAACGAAAAUCCUAACAUGUGCGAAUACAUGGCUCCAUCACUUGAUGCACGUCAAGACAUUGUUGUUGUUGAAGUACCAAGACUAGGAAAAGAAGCUGCAUCAAAAGCUAUUAAAGAAUGGGGCCAACCCAAGUCAAAAAUCACUCAUUUAGUCGUUUGCACUACUUCUGGUGUCGACAUGCCUGGAGCUGAUUACCAACUCAGUAAGCUCCUCGGCCUCCGUCCUUCGGUAAAACGACUGAUGAUGUACCAACAAGGUUGUUUCGCUGGGGGGACUGUCAUGCGUCUUGCUAAGGACUUAGCUGAGAACAACGCCGGUGCACGUGUACUUGUUGUGUGCUCAGAGAUUACAGCCGUUACUUUCCGUGGACCAGCUGAUACUCACUUAGACUCCCUCGUGGGACAAGCUCUUUUUGGUGAUGGUGCAGGUGCUAUGAUUAUCGGAGCAGACCCUGACAUAACAAUAGAGCGUCCACUUUUCCAAAUCGUUUCUGCGGCUCAGACUAUUCUCCCUGAUUCGCAUGGUGCUAUCGACGGACAUUUACGUGAAGUUGGUCUGACUUUUCACUUAUUGAAAGAUGUUCCCGGCUUGAUCUCUAAGAACAUCGAGAAGAGUUUAGAUGAGGCUUUUAAGCCAAUUGGUAUCACUGAUUGGAAUUCUUUGUUCUGGAUUGCACACCCUGGUGGACCAGCAAUUCUUGACCAAGUUGAGGCUAAACUAGGAUUAAAAGAAGAGAAGCUCAAGGCAACUCGUCACGUGCUGAGUGAAUAUGGUAAUAUGUCGAGCGCUUGUGUUCUAUUCAUCCUUGAUGAGAUGAGAAAGAAGUCCCUCGAAGAAGGAAAAUCGACUACCGGAGAUGGAUUGGAAUGGGGAGUUCUGUUUGGUUUUGGACCCGGUCUUACAGUUGAAACGGUUGUGCUUCACAGCAUCCCUACCACUGUUUGAGGAACUCAUCAGUACUAUGAGCAAUUCCGAAUAAAUCACAUCCUUCGUUUAAGCGACGAUUGUUGUUUUAAGUUGUUAAUGGUAACGAAGUGUGGUGUGUACAAUAUAUGAGUUCACAAUGAUUUAUCUCACGAAUCAUGGUUAUAGACCU